AUGGGAAGGGCUCCUUGCUGUGAUAAGGCCAACGUGAAGAAGGGACCCUGGUCACCUGAAGAAGAUGCAAAGCUGAAGGAGUUUAUAGAGAAAUUUGGGACUGGUGGCAACUGGAUUGCUCUUCCUCAAAAAGCUGGUUUGAAGAGAUGUGGGAAGAGCUGCAGGUUGAGAUGGCUUAACUAUCUUAGGCCAAACAUCAAACAUGGGGAAUUUUCUGAUGAUGAAGACAGAAUAAUCUGCAGUUUGUAUGCAAGCAUUGGAAGCAGGUGGUCAAUUAUAGCUGCACAGUUGCCAGGAAGGACAGAUAAUGAUAUCAAGAACUACUGGAAUACCAAGCUGAAGAAGAAGCUCAUGGGGAUGAUUCCAUUAGACCCAAGAAAACUACCCCCAUUUUCAAAUUCUCUUCAUACAACUUCAUCACCACAAUCUCAAGCUUUUUCUAGCCUGUCUCAACUAUAUAAUGAUUGCAGCCCUUAUUAUUCGACCUCAGCAAAGUCAUGUCUCACAGGCUUUGAAUCCUUUCCCUCAGUCCAGCCAAAUCUGCUGUUCAACGGCAACAACAACAACGUUAAUCCUAUGGCUACUAUUACUGCUGCUAAUCAUCAUUCUUAUCUUCAAGGGCACAAUCAAGAGGGUUUGAUUAGUCCCAUGCAGUUUUACCCUGGAAAGGAUAAUAUGCUAAUCUUUGGAGGUACUGAUCAAGCAAGUUGUUCAUCAUCUGAUGGAAGUUGCAGCCAGAUCAGCUAUGGAAAGGAGAUCAAACAAGAGCAUAUGAACGGUGGUAGUCUUCAUCAGGGUUACAAUUUGUCUAACAGUACUAACGGUUAUGAUCAUCAUCAUCAUCAAGAAAACCAAAAAUUCAUGGUUGACUAUGGAAAUCAAAUCAGUUCAACUACAUGGGGUGAUGGAAGAGGUAAUGAUCAUGAUCAGAAGCCAAGUGUAGUGCUUUGUGGAAACAGUACUAGUACAACUCAACUCCAGUAUGAUCUUGAGGAAGUUAAGCAACUGAUUAGCUCUAGUAACAUGAGCUUGUUUUUCAAUGAUGAAAACAAGACACAUGAGAGUAGGGAGGCUAUGUACUACUACAACUACUGA